UCUUGGAGAUGUUUGGCCGACCUCACCGCUGACCAUGUGACUGGAAAGAGGAGGAUGUGCGGAUUAGAGACGAUAUAAAGGAGAGGCGGGUACGACACAUUUCACAAACUCUACGAGAGGAACGAAGGAGCUCGGAGAAGAUAUCGGCUGUGGCCCCUCGAGAUAUCUGUGACAACAGAGACUCUCUGCAGAGAUGAACGCCAACCCCCCUGCAGGAAGCGCCCUGGCCCCUGGUGGAGCCACCGGACCCACAACACCCAAGAAGGGACCACCCAAGUUCAAGCAGAGGCAGACCCGUACAUUCAAGAGCAAGGCCCCCAAACCAGGACAGAAGGGCUUCGGUGACGACAUCCCGGGCAUGGAGGGUCUCGGCACAGACAUCACCGUGGUGUGCCCAUGGGAAGCCUUCGGCGACAUGGAGCUCAGCGACUUGGCCAAAUACGGCAUCAUUUAAAGCUGCUGCCUCCCGCCUUCCUGUCCUGCCUGAUCCUCUCCUCCGUCUGAUCCCCUCAUCCCUGCCUUCACCCUACCUCAGCCCGGCACGCCAAGAUAAGGCUGCCGGGGAACCCACUAACGCCCUCUCGUCUAUCUACCUCAUGCUCGACGCCACUGCGUGGUCGGAGAGCGUAAUGAUGCUUUUAUUGUUAUUUUAUGAUGAUAUGAUACUGUUUAAAGUAUUUAUACUCCAUAUAAGAAGACGAGAAACGCCCCUCCUUUCACCUCCUUCUAUUAUAGUCCUCUCCUCUUCCUCUUCCUUCCCUCCUCUCCUCUUCCUCCCUCCUCUCCCUCGGCAAUGGACGCAAGCAAAGCUCAGGUUCCCGUAGCCUGGAUUUGCUUCUUCAGUCUACAAAGUGUACAUAUGUUGUUCUCCGUGUCGAACCUUGAACCUUCUGUCCCACCUUUUGUAUUUCCACUUUUGUUUUGCAUUGUAUUUUCUACACACCUGUGAACACCUGGCCGUGCAAGGAGAGUGUGCAACACGCCGCAACGAUGACGAGUACUAUGCGCUUCACGUGAUCGUGGAGGACGAGCUCCCCUCUCUCUCCCGUCUGUCUCUCUCUCCUUGCUGCUAUCUGAACCCUCCGUAGAGACGAAUAUCACAGAGAUGUACUGUGAGCUGGUUCUGUCCUGAUAGCUGCA